AUGGCACCUCCUCGCUACGAAUCUGACGAUGUCUCGGCUGCCCCUUUGGCCCAGCCUUUGGAGUUUGCCUUUGCCAACCGCUCGGCUCCUAACAGAUUCCUCAAGGGAGCCAUGACUGAGCGUCUGUCAUCAUGGGACCCUGAGAACCUGCCUGCCCGUGGUGUCCCCUCGGACAGACUCAUCAACCUGUACAAGAGAUGGGGUGAGGGCGAGAUUGGUCUGAUCUUGUCUGGAAACAUCAUGUUCGAAUACGACCACCUCGAGGCUGCUGGCAACCCCAUCAUCCCUGUCGAUGCUCCUUGCGAGGGCGAGCGUUUUGAGAACUUCAAGCGCAUGGCUACCGAGGGAAAGAAGAACGGCAUGCUUAUGGUUGGCCAAGUCUCACAUCCUGGAGUAAGUUCUUGCUCUUCUUUGCGACCAAAAUCCAAUGCUUACCAUUUGUCCAGNCGCCAAGUCGAAAGCCGUAUCCAGAAAAACCCCAUCUCCGCCAGUGACGUCCAGCUCAAGGGCGACGUUAUGGGCAUGACUUUCGAGAAGCCCCGUGCCGCCACCGAGCAAGACAUCUCCCGUAUCAUCGAGGGCUUUGCCCACGCCUGCGAGUACCUCGAGAAGGGUGGCUGGGACGGCGCCGAGCUCCACGGUGCUCACGGCUACCUCCUCGCCCAAUUCCUCUCGCCCACCACCAACCAGCGCACCGACAAGUACGGCGGCAGCCUCGAGAACCGCGCCCGCCUGAUCAUCGAAAUCGCCAACGAAGUCCGCAAGCGCACAUCGCCCAACUUCAUCCUCGGCAUCAAGUUGAACAGUGUCGAGUUCCAGGACAAGGGCUUCAACCCCGAAGAGGCAAAGGAGCUGUGCAAGAUGCUCGAGGACAACAAGUUUGACUUUGUCGAGCUGAGUGGUGGUACCUAUGAGCACCUUGCUUUCGGCCAUAAGCGCGAGAGCACAAAGAAGCGUGAGGGCUUCUUCAUGGAGUUCUCGGACUUGAUCGCCCCCGCCUUGACAAAGACCAAGGUCUACGUUACCGGUGGUUUCAAGAGUGUUGGCGCCAUGGCCAACUCGAUCAAGUCGAUUGAUGGCGUGGGUCUUGCCCGCCCUCUGUGUCAAGAGCCUCGUCUCUGCAAGGACAUAAUUGCCGGCAAGGUCAAGGGUGCCAUCAAGCAGCGUCCCGACGACAACAACUUUGGCAUCACCAAUGUUGUCGCCGGUACCCAGAUCCGUCAAAUUGCCAAGGACCAAGAGCCCAUUGACAUGAGUGACGAGAAGAACGAGCAAGACUUCAUGAAGGACAUGGGCGAGUGGGCACAGAAGAUGUCGCAGGACAGCAAGAUGGCAAACUAUGGAUACAUUGACCUGACGUCAGCCACAGCCUUGCCUUAUGGUGGUGCCUCUGUUUAA